AUGCCUGACCAUGUGAGCGCUUCUAUAUCAAGAACCUCCACCCUCGCCCCGUCUUCUGAAUCCAUUGUCUCUUCCUGGCGGGCCCACUUCCAGAACUGGUGGAACCAUACCUCGACAUCUACAUACUCCCAGCUCCCUCAGAACCACCUUGACGAAGAUCAAUUGAAUCAGUUAGACCCUGCUAUGGAGGCAUUAUGCCUCUCCAAGGCCCGAUGGCGCACGUACUGGCUAGCCGCUGUGCUAUGCUGCGGUGGUGCUUUGUUCGGUUAUGAUUCGGGUGUUAUUGGCGGAGUUCUCACUUUCAAGUCCUUCCAAUCAUCUUUUGCUUUCAGCGGCGCGGACGAGACCAGCGUGAGCUCUAUCGCAGUGGGCAUCCAACAAGCCGGCGCCCUCGCCGGCUGUUUCAUUAUCUGGCCGGUGACAAAUCGCUGGGGCCGCAAGAUCGCAAUGAUGGCCUGCUCUGUGGUAUUUUGCAUCGGCGUUGCGCUGGAGAUUAUCGACGCCCACUCCCUACCACUCUUCUAUGUCGGGCGCGUGGUAUGCGGUCUGGGUGUCGGUGGCUCAGCCACCGUCAUUCCAAUCUACAUGUCAGAGAUGAGCCCUAAAGAAAUCCGCGGUCGGUUAGGUAGUUGUUACCAGCUCACCUACACCAUCGGCAUCCUUGUUUCAUACUGGAUCGACUACGGCGUCAAAGCCAUGCCCUCCACCGCCGCUCAGUGGCAGAUCCCAAUCGGCCUGCAACUCGUCCCAGGCGCCCUAAUGGGCAUAGGCAUGUUUUCACUCGACGAAAGUGUCCGCUGGCUUCUAGCGCACGGCAAAACCGAGGAAGCAUGGCGCAGUCUAGUCUGGAUCCGAGCCGGUGACGGCCCCGCUGUGAGCGACGAGUUUGCCGAGAUGCGCCGCGGCCUGGAAGAAGAGCGCCACGCAACGGCGGGCUUCCGGCCUCGCGAGCUGCUCGAGUGGCCUAACCUGCACCGCCUGCUUAUCGGCGGUGGCCUUUUCCUGGCACAGCAAUCGACGGGCUCGACGGCACUGGCUUACUUCGGCCCGCAGUUCUUUUCGCUGCUCGUCGGCCCGGGUGACCAGAAUCUGCUGCUGACGGGUAUCUUUGGCGCUAUCAAGGUGGCGGCUUGUCUUAUCUUUGUGCUCUUUAUGUCCGACCGGUUCGGGCGCCGCCCGGUGCUGGCUGCCGGAGCGUCCUUUAUGGCGGUGUGUAUGAUUGCUACUGCGGGCGUGGUGAAGAAUUACCCACCGGAGAACGGUGUUGUUAGCUCGGCCGGUAUUGCCACCGUUGCGCUGAUUUAUCUCGAUAUCAUCGCGUACAAUUUCAGUUGGGGCCCGCUGCCGUGGCCGUGCACGAGUGAGAUCUUCCCGACCCGAAUCCGUGAGCCGGGUGUUGCGUUCGGCGUUGGCUCACAGUGGCUUUUCAACUUUAUCUGGAGUUUCUCGACUCCUUACAUCAUGGCCGGUAUAGGCUGGGGCACUUUCCUGCUGUUUGGAGUGCUGGACAUUCUCAUUGUCGCAUUUACGUUCUUCUGUCUCAAGGAGACAGCUGGCAAGACGCUCGAGGAGAUCAACGAUAUGUUCGACGGCAUAGAUCCAGAUGCUGAACAUGGCUGGAAGGGAGACUUGGACGAGACCAGAGGCCGGAACGAGCAAGAGCAGUAUCUGGACCGCACGGAGACUGCAGACGCUGGAGACACUGCAGACACCUCCAAUAAGCGUGCCACUCACCUCGAGGAGGCAUCCGCUGGCCAGAGUUGA